AUGGAAGAACAAACUAUAGACGGUUUGACAGAAGACCUGAUUCUUCAGUGUCUUGCUCGUCUUCACUAUAAGGACAUACUUUCCGCAUGGUGGGUAUGUCGUAAAUGGCGCCGUCUUCUACAAACUCGACAUUUUUACGGCAUCCGGAAACAAUUGGGAUAUACUAAUCAGCUCGCUUGCUUUCUUCAGCCUUCUCCAUCUCCGCCACCCGGUUCUGAUCCAGCCUUCAAUUUUGUUAUCAACAUGUUAGACCCGAUGAGUCGGGAGUGGAACCGACUUCCCCCGAUCCCUAAUUUUGUAAAUAGGUUUUCUGUGUCAACUCAGAUUGCUAGCGCUGACGGAAAACUCGUUGUGAUUAGCCAUGUUCGUGACUUGAAAACUUCCUUGUUCGUGUGGGACUUUGUGACUCAGCGAUGGUGGAAAGGCAAGGACUUGCCGUCAAUUUUUCCAUUCUUCUUCGUGGUGGGUUUUGAUCGUCAGGUAUUCAUCGGAGUUUACAAAGGCAAUGAAUCCAGCUCGGUUUGGGCGUAUGAUAUGAUGAAGGACGAGUGGACCGAGUUGCCUCAAAUGAGUCAAAAGCUAAGUCGGUGCCCUGAGCUGCAGGUAAUUGGAGACGAAUUAUGGGUUUUAAAUGGUUGCAUGACAAAACACAUUUUCUUGUAUGUACAUACUGCAGCCGUAUACCAUCCUCAAACUGGAAAAUGGAGACUAGUUGAAUGGGAUUUGGAACAAACUAAUGACUCUUCGUGUCCUCAUUGCUGCACUUUGUUUGAAUUGGAUGAGUCGCUGAAGGAGUUACCAGAGUUGAACUCGAAGUUUAUAGUACACUUUUCUCGACUCCAGUUGGGUGUACAAAGUUUAGUAAUGGUCAAGGUAUGGCCUGAGUUUAUUCGAAAAUCAAAAGAAAGGGGAAUUGAUGUGGUUAGACUUAUGUCUUCUGGAAUUAUCAUGAACCAGUUAGAGGACAGUUCAAUGUGCAAAACAUUGACUGAUAGGAUCAGGAUCGCCGAUAGGGGACUAGGGUCUGGCUAA